AUGUGUUUUUACGAUCAAUAUCGAUUCGAUUGUGGCCACUGGAAAUGGGGGCAUUUCCGACAGCAAUGCGCUAAAGAAUAUCGAAUCGACGAGACUUGCGGCAUGAAGCUUGUAAUGCGUACCGUUUCUGUCAAGGAUCAAUGCAAACUAUGUCAGAAGAUAGUGAAGAAGAUGAGGGAACGAACAAGUGCACUAGAGUGCAUUGCUCGAUGGGAAAAAGAGGGGCCAAAACUCCGCGCGUCGAUCGACAAAGAAACAGAGCAUGUCAGAACACUGGAUAAUCAAAUCUGCGAGCUGAACCGUGAAAGUGAAAGGAGGCAUCUGGCUAUC